GCUUCUGGGAAGUGUGGCAAGGGAGGUCGGGGCUCCCGUCGAUGCAUCGGGGUCAGAGUUGACGAGUGGUUACUAUGGCGGCUUCGAUAGUUGUUAGUAGGCCGCUGGCCUUGUGGCGGGGCGUCGGUGCUCUAUUUACUGCCGGCCCGGGGAGGUGCAGCUUGGGAGCUGGGUGUAGGUCCGUUGCACAUGAGAGCCGAGGCUGGAAGACUGAGACUGUACGAACGCCUGGAGCGAGGUGCUACAGUGAAAACGCAACGGGACCAGAGCUGCGAGUGCAUCACCUAGAGGCAGAGUCGGCAGGAAUUGUUGUAUUUGGAAUAAAUAGACCACAGUCCAAAAAUGCAAUCAGCAAAAACCUUGUGGAAAUGAUGAUAGCAGCAAUGGAAGAAGUGAAACGUGAUAAUAGUGUUCGAACAGUUAUAUUGCGCAGUGAGGUACCAGGAAUAUUUUGUGCAGGUGCUGAUUUGAAGGAGAGAGCAAAAAUGCAGCCUAAUGAAGUUGGUCCAUUUGUUUCCAAGGCUAGAAAUGUAAUUAAUGAACUUGGUAAUCUUCCAAUGCCCACAAUUGCCGUACUUGAUGGAGCUGCCUUGGGAGGAGGUCUAGAAAUGGCUCUAGCCUGUGACAUUCGUGUAGCUGCCUCUUCUGCAAAAAUGGGACUUGUUGAAACCAAAUUGGCAAUUAUUCCCGGUGCAGGUGGUACGCAGCGCCUCCCUCGUAUUGUAGGAGUAUCCCUGGCAAAGGAACUUAUCUUUUCUGGACGAGUAGUUGACGGCACUGAAGCAAAAGCAAUUGGUCUGGUUAGUCAUGUUGUGGAGCAAAAUGAAGCAGGAGAUGCAGCCUAUCACCGAGCAGUAUCCCUUGCAAAAGAAUUUUUACCUCAGGGGCCUAUUGCAGUGAGAUUAGCAAAACUAGCCAUCGACCGAGGGAUAGAGGUUGAUUUGAAAACAGGCUUAGAAAUUGAAGAAGCUGGUAUGCUCAGGAUAAACAAAUUAGCUGGUCAGUAUGAAAAUGAGCAGCAGCACAUGUUCAGCCAAUUUCCUUUGUGGGUAAUUCCAACAAAGGACAGAAUUGAAGGACUUAAUGCCUUCAAAGAAAAACGACCACCCUGCUACACUGGGGAAUAAAAAGACACAAGUAGCAUGUGGAAUGAAAGAAAAUAUUUAUGGUGUUUUUCUAUCUGUGGUGUUCAGAUGUUUACUGAAGAAAUACUGUCCAAGAGCCAUAAGUGUAUUAUCUCAUGGAAAAUGUAUAGUGCUGCUGUAUAUUUUUCUGUACAUUAAACAUUUGCUGCAUAUAAAAUUUUGGAUUCAUAUUUACCCUAUUUUAUGAAGCAUAAAAUAUUGUAGCUGAGGUCCAUUUCUCCUUCUGAUUCAGAAUAAAUUUGAAGCAGUUACUAAUGCCAGAAAUAAGAUAGGAAUUGGCCCAUUUAGCACCUCAAACUGUACCACCACUCAGUAGGUUCAUGAUUGAUUUGUAUUC